GAGAGAGACAGAGAGAGCGGGGGGGAGCGAGAGAGAGAGAGAGAGCAUUGAAUUGAGAGAGAGAGAUGGAGUUUAAGCAGCUGGUGGAGGUGGCGGAGAAGUGGUGUUCGUCGGUUCCGUUCGAUCUGAUCUUCGCGGAGGAGGAUGAUGAGAUAAGACUGGACUUCUACACAGAACCGGGAAUUUCCUUCUAUGUCCUUUGUCGGGAUAACAUGACGGGAGGGAUCGAGCAUUUCCAUGUAUGGAGUGAGAGUGAGGACUGCCUGCCGUUCCUCCAGCUAGCUCAGGACUACAUCUCUUCCUGUGGGAAGAAAACACUGCUAGAGGUCCUGGACAAAGUGUUCACUUCCUUUAGACCUUUGCUGGGUUUUCCAGACAUAGAUGAUGAGACGUUUGAGCAGUACCAUGCAGGCGUGGAGGAGGAACCAGCGCCAGAACACCAGCAGAAGGGAGUCAGCCAACAGUGAUGCCCACAGAUGAGGUGUCCAGCAGGGCUACAAUAACUACCCAUGCCCCUGGUCUCAUCACCUAUACCAACACACAGGCCCAACGGCCCUGUAGCGACUAUACACAGUCAUAAUGUAUACACAAACACAGGACAGCCUGCUUCUCAAUAGCUUUGCUCCCCAGAUAAUGCACUCCCUCACACACAUACACACACACACACACACACACACACACACACACACACACACACACACACACACACA